AUGUCAUUGCUGUUAAACGAUGAGCGGGAGUGGGUUGCCACCGGGUGCCAUGCGUCUCAAAAAGGGAGGAGAUCAGCGCGCUUCGACGACGAUCUUUGUUUACACGGAAACUGGGCCUCUUUUGUGGCGUACUACGAUACGAUACUACUUUGGUUCCUGAUCAUCAACCGGGCUAUGUCGGGUGUCAAGAUCGCCAGCAUGCCACUCGAAGUCUAUGCCUGA